UAAGGGAAACCACACGGCUGUCGGUGAUUCAGCCGCCGCAUGCAAUUCGCUUCUCGACUCUCUGCAAAGCCCACUUUCGCUUUCCAAACCCUCCGGUCUCUCAAAACAGCCUUGCAUUAAAACUGGAUCAAACACAAUGCCUCAAAUAGUCCCCAAGAGGAAAGCUCCAGGAGUCGAUUUCUGUGGGAUGAUGGGCAAUUAUUACAUUGUCCGUUCCGACCUGGGCUGCUACAUGAAGUCAAGUGAUUUGAAUGAGGGCAAGGACCUGGAAGUGUUCAGCCUGCACAAUUCUUGCCAGGGGGGAGAUCAUUACUUGGCCUGUGAUGAGAACAACGGCUCAUUCUGCAUCAUCAAAGGAAACAACUAUCGCCGUGUCUCUAACAUGAACACAGAUGCUGAUGCUGCCGUGUACAGUCUUCACCCCUCCUGUCAAGGAGGGGAUCAUUACCUCUACGUCUUCAGAGCCUUCUGCAUUAUUUUCCAGGACAGAGGCGUUUACCGCAGCGUCUCUAAUCUGAACACAGGUGAACAUGCUGUCGAAUAUACCCUUUGCCCAGAGUGCCGGAAUGGCCUUUAUUACUGGGGUAUUGGUCUUUUCUACUGCUUUAUAAAACCUCAAGAUGAAUGGGGGAUCCAGUACUGUAAGUACCGCUGUAUUGGUGGAAGACAAGAUGCUGUUACAAAUGCUGUCUAUAUGCCUUGGAUCACUGCUAACGUCCUUUCUUGGUUUAAUGGUACCUUUUCCUUCCAUGGGAGUGUGGUCCCCUUUCUCCCUGGAGGGCUGGCCAUUAAUGAAGGUCCAGCUUUUGGGAGAUGGGAGGCCAUCAAGACAAUCUCCAAUGACUCCAACAGUCCUAUCAGAUGGAGCAAGAAGAUCACGAGGAAGGUGGGAUACAACAAGAUGAUGAUGAACAGUGUGGAGCACAACUGGAAAAUCAGCAUGAGUGCCUCCUAUCAGUCAGGAGCCCUUGUUGAAGCCAUUGCCAAGUACCAGUUCUCCCUCUCUGCCGAAUAUGGGGGAAGCGCUGUGCAAACCCACCGGGAAGACUGGAGCGAGGCCACGGAGGUGGAAGAAUCUAUUGAAGUGACCCUGCAGCCCAGAAGCCAGCUGUAUGUAUGGCAAUACCAGCUGGGCUUUGGCAAUGAGCCUGUCUUGUUCUGCCGUGACAUGAAGUUUACAGAUGCUUCCACUCCGCCCGCAACUGUUCCUCUGCAACCAAUGCUAGACUGCACUGUUGGGAGCAAAAGUUCUGCUUUUGUGAGCCAAAAGAGCUACUAGCAUUAGAGUUGUGAAUGAGCCUAUAUUUUUCACACCAAUUAGUUUUUUAGAAGAUUAUUUCCAUAACCUUGUAAAAAAAAAA